UAAUCAAGAUGACUUUAACUUAAUAGUUACAGCAUCAUUUGUAUUCUAAAAUUCAAACUAAAUACUAGUAACUUAAAAAAUAAUUAAAAAAUAUAUAUUUUUUUAUUAAAAACGAACAAAUCACAAAAUAUAUUUUAUAUUCAACAUGGUUUCCAUACUCAAAAGUGCUGGUGAUUUUGAGAAACAAAUUGCUGGAGCCGGUGAUAAACUGGUGGUUUUGGAUUUUUAUGCCACCUGGUGUGGUCCCUGUAAAGAAAUGGAGCCUCAUAUACGCAAGCUGGUGAAACACUAUAAGGAUCGUGCCAUUGUUAUAAAGAUAAAUGUCGAUAAAUUUCAAGAUAUCUGUGAUUAUUAUAAAGUACGUAGUAUGCCGACAUUUGUUUUUAUUAAAAAUCAAAGGCGUGUAUCGAGUUUUGCGGGAGCUGAUGCAAAAUUGUUAACACAAAAAAUGGCUUCGUUGGUUAAAUGAUUUAUUAACUUUUUUUAUUAAAUCUUGGACAUCUGUGAUGUUAAAUUUUAAUUUUAUGUUUAAAUUUAAUAUUUAUUUUAUAAUUUGUAUUUUGUGUUUUAUGUAUUUUCUCUUUUUUGUGAAUUGUGUUUGUCUCAACUAACGUAAAUGUUUGUUCUAAUAAAAUUGCCAAAAUAUAUAUGAUUUAAAUUGUUA